CUCCCCUUCCCCGCUGGGCGGGCGCCGGACGGCCGCGGCGGUGCGAGGGGCAGCUGGCGGCCGGGAGCAGGGCCAUGAAGGUGAAGAAGGGCGGCGGCGGCGGCGGCGGGGCCGGAGCCGCGGCCGGGUCGGACCCCGGGCCGGGAGCCGCGGGCUGCAAGGACGACGAGUCGGAAUCGGAGCCGGAGCCCCUGGCGCUGCGGCGGAAGGCGCUGAUCGGGCCCGAGGAUGUGUUGGGGCUACAGCGCAUCACGUGCGAUUACCUCUGCUCUCCGGAGGAGAACAUCUACAAGAUUGAUUUCACCAGGUUCAAGAUUCGGGACAUGGAGUCGGGCACUGUCCUUUUUGAGAUCAGCAAGCCCCCUGCUUCUGAAAGGGACCUUAGCGACAGGCGAGAUGUGGACCCCAAUGCCGGCCGCUUUGUCCGCUACCAGUUCACCCCAGCUUUCCUCCGCCUGCGGCAGGUUGGAGCCACUGUGGAGUUCACAGUGGGAGACAAGCCCAUCAAUAAUUUCCGGAUGAUCGAGAGGCACUACUUUCGGAACCAACUUCUCAAGAGCUUUGACUUCGAGUUUGGCUUCUGCAUCCCCAGAAGCAAGAACACCUGUGAACACAUCUACGAGUUUCCCCCGCUGUCGGAGGAGCUAAUCAGCGAGAUGAUCCGGCACCCCUACGAGACGCAGUCCGACAGCUUUUACUUUGUAGACAACAAGCUGGUGAUGCACAACAAGGCGGAUUAUUCGUACAGCGGGGGGCCGUGACCCCCCCAGACGGAGCCUCCAACUCUCCCUCCACCCCGGUUCCUGGCCCUUCCCUCCAUCGAGCAGAUGGUGUGCUUGCCCCUUCCUGCCCGGGGAGAGUGGGGGCGGGUCCUCCCUUGUCACACAUCCCCUCUGCUGAAAGUCUUGGGGGCCCUGAUCCUGGAGUGAGAAACGGGCCCCUCCCAUCUCUCCCCUGCCGGCCUCCCCCCAGAUGCUCGACGGGUGCAUUGCGGGGUCUCCGAUGAGUUUGGGGAAGACAUGUCCCCAGGGAGGCUCCGGGGCGAGGGGGAGGCUGAGGGGAGGCCGCUGGGCCAGGAUUUGGGGGUCCCAGGCACUGGAGAAGUUUGGCAGAAUCAUCUCGACAUAGGGUAGCGCGAUGGGGGAUAGGGAUUCCGCUUCCAUUCCAACCUGGUAGGGGGAGAGUUGGAAACAGUAGCAGCCAGCCCCCUCCAUUAAUGCUUCUCCUCGUACCUUUCUCAUUCUUCCCGCCCAGUGGCUUCCCAGGGAAGGGACCUCGUGUUAAAACUCGUCUCUCAUUCUCCGGCCGCUCCCCGGGCGGCCUCCCUCGGCCCACCUCAGCCCCGCCAUCCCAGAAGCAUCCCCGUGCUUCCGUAUCCUGCCCCAGCACAGGAGCCAUCUCUCCCUUCUCCUGCCAUUUCUGGGCCUUCCAGACUGGUGCUUCACCCCUGGAGGCCCCAGCUUGGAGUGUCCCAUCUAAGAGGGGAACAGAGCCGGGCCUUGGUGGGAGACACCUUAUCUCAGAAGGGAAAUGGAGUCAGGUCUUUGGGCCUAAAGCCUGGGGCUGUUUCCUCUUGGAUGGACACUGUAGCAAAGUACAAGGGGGGCAGAAAUUAGUCAGGAGCAGCAGAGGUCGUUCUUGUCUGGAGGACAGUGUCAGGGUGGACACCCCUUGGAUAUUAGACUGCCAAGCUCAGUGACUCCCCGGGAUUUUGAGAUUUUCCCUCCCAAACAGAGAGAGAAAGGGGCUCCUUCCCCUCCUUCCAGCUGCUGUGAGGUCUGGGAUCCCAGGAGUCUUGUUUCAGAGCUCAGCGACCCAUGAGUCCAGCAUUCUCACUUUACAAAUUAAGAACCUCAGCCAUCUUCUGCACCAGCUGUUCAGGAAGGGUCAGGCUGGAAACAAAGCCUAUAGGGCAUGUAGAGCACAGCAGGAUGAGGUAGGCUCCUCGUGAAGUUGUAGACUGCCCCGGUUCUGAGCUGGCCUGACCUGCUGCCACACGUGGGCCUCUGAUUUACACCUUGGGGCCUAGAGCAGAGGGAUGACCCUUAGAGGCCGACCCCCUUUAUUUUGGGACCUAGAGCAAUGACCCGUAGAGGCCGACCCCCUUUAUUUUGGGGCCUGGAGAAGAGGGAUGACCCUUAGAGGCCGACCCCCUUUAUUUUGGGGCCUGGACAAGAGGGAUGACCCUUAGAGGCCGACCCCCUUUAUUUUGGGGCCUGGACAAGAGGGAUGACCCUUAGAGGCCGACCCCCUUUAUUUUACGUCUAAGGAACCGACCAGGAGAGAGGAAGUGGUUCACCGUUAGACUUGGGACCAGAAUAUACCCAUUGCAGCUGUCUACUGCUCAGACUCUCCUUCCUUCAUGUGUUUUCCCCAUCACUCUUUCCACCAUCAAAAGAGAACAGGAUCGCCCUCGUUAGCCCUUUUGCCUGCUCUAGGCUUCUCUCCUUGCAGGACUGGCAGGACCAUUUGUCUUGUCUUUGCCUUCUUAACUCUCUUCCCAGACUCCCUUUGUCCUUGCCCGUGAAUUAUUAAGCACUAAGUGCCAAGCACUGUGUAAAGUGCUGGGGGUGCAGGUGCAGGCAGGCUGGUAAUCUCUGCCCUCUGGAGCUUACUUUCCAAUGGGGCUUACCGAAGGCGGGCAGGGAUGGCUACAGAGGGGGAAAUUGGACAGGAUCGAGUCGGAGGAAAUGGGAGUCGGGAUACGUCCUAGGGUAAAAGUCUGAUGAAGGAACGAAGAGAUUCUUGGCUUCCCAGGGGCAUCUCUUUGAGACCCAUAGAUGCAAAGAGAAGCAGGGUAAGGGGUAUUCCAGAUGAGCCAGGUAGAGAGAGUUUGGGCAAUGAGGACAUUUGUCCAUCUCUUCCAUCUCUUGUACCAGUAAGGUGGGCAGCGGCGAGCAAGGCUAUCUGAAGAAUUAAUCCUGAACCCAGGAGACCUGGAGAGAGUAGGAGGGAAGGGAAAACGAUCCCUGUAAUGAAAAAAGAGAUCUCUUGUAUGUCUGGGAUCGGCGGUCCGAGGUUCUAACAACCAGCAGAACCGAGGGAGGUUUAGCUGUACCCAGGACAGCAGGGGGCUGAAAGGGCAGUGGGAAAGUUGAGGGAAGAGACUGGUAGGGAUUUCCCCUUGUGGAAUUAUUGAGGCGGAAGAAUGGGCAGCUUCAGGGUACAGGAGGCAUCUGUAUUCAGGGCAGUUCUUUGGCACGUAGGGCAGGUCUCUGGAUCGGCCUGAAUGCAGGGCUGACUUCCAAGGUUAUAGGAGAGAACCAGACAAUAACAAACUUGUUACACGGGGAACGGGGGAAAGGGGUGUGUGUGUGUGUGUGUG